AUGGGGCCGAGGGUCGUGGACGGAUCGUGCUGGCCCUGUCGGAAGCGGAGAUUGAAGUGCGACCUGAGACGUCCCGCGUGCACAAAAUGCUUACUCGCUGGAGGAGCAUGCGACUACUCGCAGAAGCAGCUGCAGUGGGUGGGAGGUGCUGCCUUUCGUGGUCGGCUGAAGUCCAUGGGCGCUCCUCUGGAAGGGCGCGCUUUACACUCGACCAGCGGAUCUCCUGUGGAUGACUCCGAACAACUUUCGACACUUCCAGCAUCUCCUCCGUCACCUUCGCCUUUUCUCCCGCAAUCGUUGGUCCUCUAUUUCAGGAAUGCUGUAUGGCCAAGACUACAGUUGUCGGAGCAACUUAUAUCGCUGGACGAGGAGAUGCUAAUGCACGAGCCUGUUUUGACAGAAGCAAUCCUGGCUGUUUCGCAAGCGCAUCAUCACUUGCUAUAUUCCAACAAAGCGAGUUGUGCAGCGGGCUCUGGUGUUCAAACUCAAGAGCAGGCACGGCAGGUCGCUUUGACGAGAUUCCGCAGUCGCAUCGAGUGUGGUGUAGAAUCGGUCGAUGAAGCUCGUCAAUUGUUUCAGGUCGUCUGCAUGUUCUGUAUCCUCGACGGCAUGAUUGCACCUGAUCUUCAAAACAAUGCUUCGGAGUCGCAUCUCAAGGGAGGCUCGUCAAUCUUGUCCACGUGGAACACCAUUCCAUCGCAGAUGCUUCUGGCAGGUGGCUUGCAGACACAUCUUCUGAGCGUCUUUGCUACAGUCGAUCUGGUCCGCUCCUUGCUAAGUGGCGGUAAACCGUUCUUCGAGCCUACGAUGUGGUCCAUGUUUGCGGGUGUCCAUGCAUGGUGGGGAAAGUUAUCUUGCGGCGAUUCUUUCCUCAAGGUUCUCAAAGUCUACUCGGAGGUUGCAUUCCUUGGAAACAUCGUUCACGACCACUUACCGGAAGACGUCGGAUACCGACUGGCCGAGAGGUGCGUGCCAGAUAUCCUCGUAUCGCUGGUUGGACAGGCAGCACGAUCACAUGGCCCGGACUUCACGCUUCCCGGGCACUGGGAUUCCUUUUGCACAUUGUACGAAACAAGCGCGAUCAUUUAUGUGUAUCGCGCAUUACAAGGUAGAAGCGUAGACGAUGCCGCAGUGCAACUUGUCGUCCGACAAGCCGUUUCGACGCUUCUCGAUCAGCCACUGCCCGGGAUGAUGACCCAUUGUCUGAUAUUCCCUUUACUCGUUGUCGGAUCGCAUUGUCUAUACGCUCAGGAUCGAAAGGCAGUGUCGGAUUCUCUAUCCAAAUCAACUUCGUACCUGGCCUUCGGAAAUUUGGUCCUGAUGGCAGAUUUGCUAAGAGACAUCUGGAGUCGACCGGAGAUCAAACUGAAUUGGUGGGACAUGUUCAAAUCAGUUUCACAAAACGUCUUCCUGUUCUGA